CUCCUAAAACCCCAAGCUAGCUAAUAGAAACUCCAAGAAUAAUUAAUGCAUUAUUUGUAGUAUCUUAAUAGAAUUUGAUUCUUUAUGAAGUAUUUGUAGCUUAAUUGAUUAGGAAUUUUAUUUUGAUGAUUGAAGUCUUGAGUUCGAAUUUCCUUUUGCAAUAUUAGUUGUAUUAUAAAAUAAUUAAAAAAAAAUGAUUCCUGGUUCUCCUUAAUCUUUAGAUCCUCCCAGUUUCAACCCCCCUCUCUAAAUACAAACACAACAUGCAUAGACAUUUGUGUCAGAACUUGAUUCUCCUUUUGUCCUUGUGAGCUUUAAGAACUAGAGGAUCCCUUGUGUCAGAAUAAAAUCUACAUCUCCCAUCUCUUGUUAGUCUUUUGGUCCAUCCCUAUAAGAGUAAAACCCUAUUCCACACCAUGAAUCCAAAGCGCUUGUCUUUGAGGCCUAAUUAUACCACGUUUAAAUCUAGGUUCGCAAAAGGGUUUCUUCAAGCCUUGAAGAGAAUAAAUACGCAAAGAUCUAUAUCAUCAACGAAUGUACUACCACCUUCUCCUAGGGAGGUGUGUAGAAGGUAUUUGAGUGUUAAGAAUGCUGCUGAUGCAUCUAUGGCUUCGGCUGUUGGGACUAGAAGAGCUUGGAGCCGUGCUUUGCUUACGAAGAUUAAUCGAAGCCACAAGGGUUCACGGAUUUAUAAUUGUUCAUCAAGAAGAACUGACAACAGUAAGAAGAUGAUGAUGAUGACAAUGAUGAAGAAGUGUGAUGACGGUGAUAAGGAGGAGGAGGAGGAGGAGGAGAAAGAGACUGGUAUUGUUUGCGAGGUGAACCAGCUUCGAAAGUUCGUACCAGGUGGGGAAGCCAUGGAUAUUUGCAGCUUGUUAGACGAGGCUGCACAUUACAUCAAGUGCCUCAACACUCAGUUUUGUCUAUUUUAUUAAGAAGUUGCUUGAUUGCCCGGUGGCCGGUCGCUGGUGGCCAUGCCGCCUAGCGAGCUAAAGGGAGGGAGCGAGGGAGGCGUGGCUUAUUCCAUGCACAAAACCUCCAGGUACCAGCUGCAUUGUGAUUGUGCAAUAGUAGAAAAUCUGAUUAAAAAUAUAAUAUGAGGAUAUCUUUAUGUUCGUUAUAUGCUGGCUCUAGCUUCUUUUGCGAAGCCAAGAACCAGCAACCAAAAGCUUGCAGAUCCAGUAGUUUAAAGCGUGUGCAGGUUAUCAAAUUUAAUUUGAGGCCACAAGAAUAUAGUCUAUACACGCCACUGAAGACUUCACUCAUUGCUAUAUGCUACUUGUAUUCCUAUGAUACGCUUAUUUCCAAAUUUACAAAGAUCAUGUGCACAUCAUUUUGCAUAUCUCUAAAUUGUUUCAUCGAUCUUCGUAACAGAGAAUUGCAUCCAUGGUCGAGUGCCUAGCAUGAACCCAGAUCGAUUGUCUGAUACCUGUGUCUCUUGCCUCAUUCUAUGCUCAAUUACUUUUUCCCAAAGCUUCAUUAUAUGACUCAUAACCUAGUACUCCUAGGCCCUGUUUGGUGGGCUAGAUGAGAUAUGUUAUGAUCAAUUAAAAUAGACUUUAGUUUAGUCAGUUGUUUGUUGUGUCAUAUGUGAGACAAAUAUGAUCGAACAUGAUGGGUUAUGAGUUCACAAUAGAGUGAGUUAUCUAACUUAUCUUUAUACAUGAGUUACAAGACUUGUCUUAUAAGUCUCUAGUAAUACAAUCUUAUUCUUAAGGCCCAAUCUCAUCCAGCCCACUAAACGGGAUCGUAUAGUUCAUACAAUUUUGUAUGUCGCAUUUAUUCUUAUAGAUAGGCACCAAAGUGUUUAUUCGCAAUUCAUUAGACAUCUUCAUUUUCAAAAUCAUAUUGAAAAGGUUAGUAAGUCAUGCUAUACCUGUCUUUCCCAUGACCUUCCACACUUCAAUCGGCAAAUUGUCAAGACCCACUGCUUUUCUAUGCUUCAUCUUUUUCAGCUUUUCUAUGCUUAUUCUUAUACAUAAGCACCAUGGAUAUCAAAUUCAUGAUUCAUAAUUAAGUAGGCAAAUCGCUCAAUUAAUAAUAGAAACAUAAGCAUAU